AGGAAAAGCCUCUCUGACUUCCAGCUGAGUUACAAGGUGCUGCGAUGACAGACGACUGUUGUUUUGGUGCCACAGGACCAAGCGAGCGAAGGGAAAUGGAGUUAAGUUAACCAUUACCAGACUGAAUCGGCCUCGUUCCUGUCUCUGAAGCGGACGCUCGGGGGGAAAAGAUUUGGGGUUGUUGCGCCGAUGGGGACAAAGUUGGCGCAUGGAGAGGGACGAAGUUUCAUUUUGGCGCAGCGUCUUUUCUUUGUUUUCUUUGUUUUUGUCGCCACUGCGCGUCAGUGAACGUCGCACGGCUCUUCGUGAGUAGCCGGAGUUGAGUUCAGAGCCUCUCUGCUGGUGACUUUACCAAGUUAAAAGCGGACAAGUUGAGGACGCAUUACGUCGGCUGAGAUGGUGGACAGCAAACCUCUGCUUCAGGACAGACCUCCCGCCUACAACGCCGUCCCGGGGGCUUACGAGUACGGCCCGCAGCAGAACAGCUAUGGAGCCAUCCCCCCGCCGGCCCCGCCGCCAUACCCGUACCCCGACGCCCAAGGGUACCCAUCAGCCCAGAUGGCCCCCGCUGUAGCCCAGCAGCCCUAUGCUGGGACCUACACCAUCAUCCAGCCCUCUGUAGUGGUGGUGGGGGGCUGCCCUGCCUGCAGAGUCGGUGUCCUGGAGGAUGACUUCACCUGCCUGGGGAUUUUGUGUGCCAUCUUCUUCUUCCCCCUCGGGCUCCUCUUCUGCUUCGCGCUGCGUCAGAGAAGGUGUCCCAACUGUGGCGCCACCUUCGGCUAGAGGGACCAAACCACAGCUCACGCACCUCCGCUCGUGCUCCCACGCAUUGAUGACACACACACGAUACACACACUCACACACACUCACACACACAUAAUCCAGCAUUUCUCGUGUCUUUUAUUUUGUUAUCUUUCUUCUUAAUAUUGCACAUAUUGCUGUUGCCAUUACGUCAUGUACAACGAACGAUCAACUUGAUGUUACCAUGAAUGUGAGUUUUUAUGAGAGGCACGUGUUGAACGGUGUUUUCAUCUGCCAGUUGAGGAGAUGUUUCUUGUUAGUGUCCCGCUGUUGUCAGUGCCUUCACUUCAUGCUGAGUGAUCAUCAGAGAUUCCAUCAAUCAUUGAUUUCUUCUGUAGAUUGAGCUCGGUUAUCCUCGGAGCUGAGCAGAUUCCUUUUAUACGUUUUGACAAGCCAGAGUUACUCGUGUACUUUCUGUGCUUCAGUUUGUGUUUUCCUUUUUUUGUCUUCGCUGGCACGCGACUUACAUUUUUUUUGUUUUGUUUUGUGCUUAGUAACAACAUUGUACUCACCACAUGAUCCAUGUAGAUCACUGAUGUAUUAGCUUUUAUUUUUUUGCCUCCUCGCGUCACAUGGAGUAACACAUACAACAUGUUUGAAACAAAGAGAAAAAAAAAAAAGGCGUGUGAAGAUCCUUGGACGUGAACUGUCCCGGCUGGAACAAUGGACUUCCAUAAGACAGAAAGCCCACACCAUUCUGUCUGUUUUUGUUGAUAUUAUUUCUUGGGGCCAUAUUUGCACUGACCGUUUUGUUUGAUGAUUAUUCUGCUGGAUCGUGCUUUUUCCAGGGCCAACGCAGACCUCUCAGGUACAUACAAUCUGAAAAUGCCCUCGACUUUACAACCUCAAUCACUGUUUUGACUUUGGACUUCUUCCUAGUCUGAUAGGACUCUUUACGUCAAACCGAGGAGUUCCGAUUCAAGGAAGCAUGCUGAGAGCGAAAGCUGAAGAGAUCUCUCGAUAACGUGUAUAAUCUCUGGAUUUGUAUCUUAGUACUCUGUGACAAGUCACCCUGCCCCAUUCCUCCCAACCAGACAAUCAAUUGAGAAUGUCUAUGUCCUUGUAUGUGCAGUAUCUCCAUGUCUACGUCUUCCAUCGCAGCAAGAUGAUAUAUAUAACUGUCUACGGCAGAAAAGAGAGAUAUAAAGUGGGUGGGAGGGGUUUAAAAAAGAUCUUGCUUUAGAAAACACACUACGCACGCUCUUAUGAUUGAGGUUCUUACUUUUUAUAUAUGAGUUACUGUAAUUAAAAAUGAAUGCUACUUA